CAAGUAAGAGAAAAAGGUAAAGCAGAAGAAUUUAUGAAAGUUCAUUACCAGAAACGAAAAGUAAUUUCCCACUCGUAACCUGUUAAGAAGGAGAAAUCUUCACGUAUGGCAAUUAUUUGUUUUACUAAAUGAAAACAAGUUGUAAAGUGAGUUAAGCGCGUAACGGAGUCACGUACAACUCGGCUUUACUUUAAGAAGAGGAAAUUAAGGAAGCGUAAUUAGAAGAAACGUAAUUGAAUCAAUAAAAUAGCCGCAUCUCCGUCCUUCAUUUCUCGACAUGACACGGUCGGAGACGGUGCCAUUUGUAAUAAAUUAGCUAAUAAGCAUUUAAGUGAGGACGGUGUACAAUUUAUAAUUUCUAAAAUUGAUAUAGCAUGAGAAUGUCGCUACAGUCUGUGCAGUUUCGAUCGAUAGUUGCUCCGCCGUCUUCAACUUCUCCCGUUCUGUUACUUGUACACGUCACCAAGUGGAUAGUGCAGAGAAUCUGUAGAGGGAGAGAGAGGUCGACAAGCGAAUUGCUAUGUCGUCCUAUUGUCCACCGGUUCCACCUUUAUAUAUAUAAACUCUCUAUUGAUGGCAACCGAUAGAAAGACUUCCACCGUUAACAAUCCUGAGAAAAAACAAGAGAUGUCGGAACUAGUAUCUGCCGAUCCAGAUCAGCGUAACUGGAGAGGAAUCUGCAUUGCUUUACUUGUUAUUGCAAUAGUUUGUUCGCUUAUUGUAACAGCAAUCUUCUUACUUACACCAGGAAUUGAGAAUACUCGAGUUAAAAAUCCUCGUUUUACCUUAGAAGAGAUCAUCAGUGGAGAUUUAGAGCCAAGAUACUUCAAUGGAACAUGGAUUUCUGGUGAAGAGCUGGUAUUUCGGGAUUUUUAUGGUAAUCUUGUGGUUUAUAAUGCUGAAAAGAGAGAUAAGACAAUUUUGAUGCCUAAUCCUACUUUUAAACGGCUCAACGCCUUCCACUACAAAAUCUCCAGCGAUAAGAAAUACAUUAUCCUUACUCCUCAAUUUACCAAGGUUUAUAAAUAUUCCUACACGGCCAACUAUAUCAUUUAUGAUCUCAUCAACCAAACCGAAUACAGAUUCCCUAACAACGGAAACAAUUCUGCCUUUCUUAACGAAAAAUUGCAAUUCGUCUCUUGGGGUCCAAAAGGAAAUCAAUUCAUAUAUGUACAAAAUAAUAAUAUUUUUUACUUGCAAAAAAUAAAACAAAGCAAACCGUGGCAGAUAACGAAUACCGAAAGCGAUGGACUUGUAUAUAAUGGAAUUCCCGAUUGGUUGUACGAACACGAGAUCUUUCAUAGCAAUAAUGCCCUUUGGUGGUCAAAGGACGGGACCAAAUUAUGUUACGCUACUUUCAACGAUACUCUCAUAAAGCCUUUCGAGUAUACGCUGUAUGGAUCCUUCGAAAAUAUAAAUAAUAUCUAUCCCAGUUUAGCGGGAAUCCGUUAUCCCAAGGCGGGCACAAAAAUUCCCAAAGUUACGCUCUUCGUAGCUCUUUUACGAAAGGAAAAAUUCGUUACCAAACAAAUAACACCUCCAAAAGAAUAUUCCAAUAUAGAAUAUUACGUUACAUCAGUGAAAUGGAUAGACAACGAGAGUCUCUCGAUCAAUUGGUUAGCAAGAUGGCAAAAUACUUCUAUAAUCAGCAUCUGCAGCGAGAAAAGUAACUGGUCUUGCAAAAAAAUAUUGCAAGUUGACAGUUCCGGUGAAGGAUGGGUGGAAACGAACGAAGCCCCUUUAUUUACUAGCGAUAAGAGGCACUACUUCCUUCGACAUCCAGUGGCAGACGGAGAAGCCGGAGAUUUCUGGCACGUGGCAAAAAUUAACGUAGAAAACGGAAGAAAGGAUUUUUUGACACACGGAAAAUUCGACGUCACUAGAAUAGCGGCGUAUGACGAAGAGAAUAACACUGUAUAUAUUGUCACCACAUUGCUAAAUAAACCGGGAGAGCGUCAUUUAGUACGUGUUAGAGAGGACGAAAGCGCAGGAUGGAAAGAAGAGUGCUUAACCUGCAAUCUAGACAAGCAAUGUUUGUAUAACGACGUCGAAUUCAGUCCUAAUGGUAAAUAUUAUAUAUUACAAUGUCUGGGCCCCGAUUUACCCAAGACGGAGAUCAGACAAACUUACGAUAAUUUUUUAGUUAAGGUUUUGGAUAGAAACGACAAUUUUAGGGAUAUUUUAAAGAAAAGGGCAUUUCCUCAAAUAAGAACCUUUCAAGUCCCGCUCAAGGAUGAUUAUAAUGCUAACGUCAGAAUGUUUUUGCCUCCGGGUCUACGUGAUGACGAAAUUAUUAAAUAUCCCCUGAUAAUAAAUAUAGACGGAAGUCCUGGAAGCCAGACCGUUUCCGAAAAAUUUCAACUGCAUUGGGGCAUUUACCUCGCUAGCAAAAAAAAUUUCCUCUACGUCUGGAUUGAUGGAAGAGGAAGCGGUUUCCAAGGAAACAAAAGAUUACACCAAGUAUACGGACAGCUCGGAAUUGUAGAAGUCGAAGAUUACAUAACCGUGACCAGGUACUUGAAAGAUCAUCUUCCUUUCGUUAACGGGGACAACAUCGUUAUUUGGGGUUGGGGCUACGGCGGUUACGCUAGCGCUCUGGCUCUUAUCAAAGAAGAAACUGUUUUCGACUGUGCCAUCUCCGUGGCACCCGUUACCAAUUGGGUUUAUCACGAUGCAUUCUACGCGGAAAGAUACAUGAAAAUGCCGAAAUCUCCCGGAAAUCUUAUUGGAUACGAAAAGACUGACAUUUCCAGAAAGGCGCAUCUGUUUAAAGGAAAAAAGUUCCUCUUAAUUCACGGCACGGCCGAUGAAUUCAUUCAUCUGCAACAUUCCAUGAUGUUAAUGAAAGCGUUAUCUAGGGAAGGAGUAACUUUCCGUUCGCAGUUGUAUCCAGAUGAAAACCACGAUUUGAAAAACGUUAGAAAGCAUUUCUAUUGGACUAUGGAAGAAUUUUUACAGCAGUGUUUUCAUAUCGACAGCAGCGUUAGCAGCAAAAGUAACAGGUAGUGAAGAGAUAAAAAAAAA